AUGUUCAAUUUAAAGAUUUUGAGAUCUGAUACAGGAUCUCUAUAUGAGAUACCUGUUAAUUCAUCUGUUACUAUUAAUACAAUUAAGGAAUCAUUGGCAUCCGUUACUAAUUUGUCACCUAGUGACCAAAUUCUUUUGGCUGAUACCAAUUUAAGUUCAAAUAAUACAUUACAAUACUAUGGUAUAAUCAAAGAUACAGAGAUAUUCUUAUUUAAUAAAAAGAUAUUAGAGAAUAUGAGUUAUUUACCGGAAGAAGUAAACUUUUCAAUUUUAGAUUUUCAAAUACCUAGAUUACCAACACCAAAGAAUCUUAAAGAGUUAGAAUCAAGUUUGAAUCCAUUGAACAAGAUGUUCACUUUGGAGUUCUAUUUGAACAAUCAUGUAGUGGGAACACAGUAUCUCAAGGAGUUGUUCGAAGCCAAAGUCUUGCAGUGCAUCAACUGUCUCAAUGAAUUGAAUGUACAAAAGAAAUCGAUUGGUGCAGCAUUACAUAGUUUAGAUGAUUAUAAAAAUAAAUUACUUUCAAAUUAUAAUUCAUUUUUAACAGUUUUCAAGAAACAAUCACCUAAUUUCGAAUCGUUGUUGAUGUCAUUCGAGUAUGAUAUGAAUCGAUUGAAACAGACGAAACUACACGACAGCUUGAGAACACCUUCGACAACAACACUUUUAGACUGCAUUCCAGAGUUGGAAAUUAGAAAGUGGAGUGAGCAAUGCAAGAGAGAGUAUGACAAUCUAAAAGGAAAGAUACUGGAGAUCGGUAGUCAAAUCGAUUCAAUCAGAGAUUCUGUAGAUUAUGAACUUAAAAAGACAAUAGAUAUAAAUUUCCAAGAAUUAAAUGAUAGAUUAAUUAUAUCAAGAGAAAAUACAAAACAAUUCCAAACAUUAUAUCAAGCUUCUAUUGCAAAUUCAGAAAAGAUAAAGAAAGCAUUGGAAAGUUCACGUAGUUCAAAAGAUCCAAACCAUCUUGCAGCUAUUAUCAUGUCAUUCACUGAGAUUAAGAAUUCACAAGAUUCCAGUUUCUCAGACUCACAUAAGCAUGCAGAGUUGUUAAUGAAUACAUUAAUUUUAUUUUCAAAGGCAAAGAAUUUUAUGAAUCAAUAUGUUUUCUCUGAACUUAGAAAUAUUUCUAAAUUACAAUAUGAUAUGAGACAGUUGAUCAACAAUUUCUCUGUUUGGAACGAAGCGAUAUCCAAGCAAACCAUUAAUUUCUUCCAUUUGGAGUGUAUACAUCAUAUGCCAUCUGCUUAUGAAGAUGCUUUAAAUGAAACAUCGAGAAGAAAGAAGUUUGGUAAUUCAAUACAGAGUAAUCUUGGUAAAUUCAUUGAAUCGUUGAAUGGUAUAAGAGAGGAAGAGAAUCAAAAGAGACAGAUGUUCUUUGAGCGAGUUUAUCAGUUCUUACCACCGAAUGUAUUCAUUUCAUUGAAGGAUCAACUACCACCAUUCCAAGUACACUUACCGGCAUUCGAUACCAACUUGCCUCAGAUUGAACAGCAGUCAAAGAGUGAUACCGACGAUGACUUUGCUGUCAUCGAUAGUUCAGAUACUACUCCACUACAAUUUAGAAAGAAGCCAACUUUUGAACGAACUUCUUCUUCAUCUCAAUUGGAUCAAUCAAAGUUAAUAGAAUCACAACAAAAAGAUAAAAUUAGAAAUCUUGAACAAAAGUUACAAUCUACAUUUUUAAUGGCAUCUAGAUCCGAGGAGAAAUAUAAAGAUCUGUUGGAAAAGUCUAGAACUUUUCAGAAUGAUAGUGUGACAUCGGAUUACAUUAGAAAGUCACAGGUUGAAGAGUUAAAGAAAGAGUUGGAGGAGAAGAAACUGGAGAUUUCCAAGUUGUUAAGCGAAGGCAAGACCACUCAGAAGAAUAUCGAAACACUUCAGGCACAUGAAUCAGAGUUGUCUUUGAAGAUUCGUGAUUUAGAGUUGGAAAAUACCUACAAAAAGAAAGAGAUAGAGUCAUUCAAGGAGAGAAUACUGUCGUUAGAGGAUGAAGGUUCCUCAAAGCUCGAGGCAUCAGAGUCACUCAGAAAGCAGUUGGAUUCGAUCAAGUCGGAGCGUGACGAACUACAAGCCGAGAUCAAAGACUUGCAAGAGCAGAUCACUAGACAUGAAGAGUAUAUAAAGAUGUCGAUCAGUUCAACCAAUGAAUCGAAAGAGUCGUUUGAAAAUACGGUGCUGGAGAAGAACAAUACCAUCGCUCAACUCGAAAAGUCAAAGAAGAACAUGGAGAUCGAUCUACAGACUGCCAAUAUGAAGAUUUCCAUUCACUCUGAUAGAAUUGCCGUGCUUGAGAAGGAGAAGAGCGAACUGGAGGAAGAGAGAAACACACUCGUUGAGAAGUGGGAAGAUCAACAGGAGAAGAUCAAGUUGUUGGAAGAAAAGAUAUCGAAUGUCGAGAGUAUCUCUGUUGAAAAGUCGCGUGAGGAUCAAGAGGAAAUCAACCGAUUGAAGGAUAAGAUCUUGGUACACGAAGGAACGGUCAAGAGUAACAACAAACAGAUAUCCGAUAUGAACGGUGAGAUACAAUCGCUUCAGAGUAUUAUCACCGAGAAUCAGCAGGAAAUAGAUAAACUUCGUGAGACAAUCGAUCACAACUCAUUGAUGAUUGAACAACUCAAGGAAGACAAUGAGAAGCUCUCCAAAGAUCUUGUCAAUUCCAAUCAUAACUCUGACUCGAAUGAAGCGGUACUUGCUAUUCUAAGGGAGCAAAUCAACGACUUGAAGAACGAAGCGCAACAGAAGGAAGCAGUCAUCAAGAGUUCGUCGGACCAGUUGCGUGACAAUGAAUCGACCAUGUUUGACCUGGAGAACUCCAUCAAGAACUAUAAGAAGUUACUCGAUGAGUUCAAUGAUGAUAAGGAAAAGCAGAGCGGUGAGACUAAUUCAAUGUUGCAAAGCAAAGCAGAGACAAUCAUCAAGCUGGAAUCACAGAUCAACCAACUCGACAAGCAGAUCAGAGAUCAAGAUGCGACAAUUGAGCAGCUUCAAUCUGGAAACAGCGGUCUGACACAACUCAACUCACAACUCGAGCAGAAGAUACAAGAGAGAAUAGCACAGAUUGAAGAGUUCAAACAGAUGUUGACAGAGAAGGAUGAAUCGCUCAGAACCAACAAGAAGGAGAGUGACUAUCUCUCAAGACAAACCUCUGAGCUCGAGAACAAAGUAAUUUCACUCAACCAGCAACUUGAACAGACCAAGACUCGUGUCGAUACACUCGAAGCACAGAAUGUUUCGUUGGAAUCCGACCUCGAUUCUUCGCAAAAGGAACAGAUUGCACUGGCUGAGAAGCUCAACCAAGUAUCGGCUGCCUCUGAAAUUGAAACGGAAAACUUUACUCUUUCUCUUGCCAAUUUGGAAAAGAAACUAAAGGAAAAGGAGAGUCAGUUGGAGCGAGCAAGCAACGGAUCGGACGAGCUAACAAGAAAGUACAACAAACUUCAAAUAUCAAGCUCGGAAACCAACGAAGAAAUGUUGAGUCAAAUCACUUCCUACCAAAACGAAAUCUCCAAAGCAGAGUCAGAGAUCGAAGCCUACAAACAAACGAUUGCCAAGCACGAAGAGCGAAUUAGCUAUCUCAAGGAUCAGUGUGACACCACCAAUGUCAACUCGAUUCAGCAAGUCGAGAAACUGAACAAAGAGAUCUCAGAGAAAGACACACUGCUUACAACACUCAAGCAACGACACCAAAAGAAUGAAUCUCAACUCUCCAGUCUCAACGGCGAAUUACAAGCGUCUUCCACGUUGAUCCAAAAGAUCUAUGAAUUGCUUGGUAUCGCUCCGAACAUGGAUUCACAGAAUGCACUCAAAGAGAUCAAACAUUUCCGAGAGAAUUUCCUACACUUGGAACGUUCGGUUCAAGAUCACCAAAAGACAAUCCAGACUCACGAGCACUCAAUGAUGGAUCUCCUCAUGUCACAGACUUCACAGAGCGACGCAGCACUCUCGAAUUUCGGUUAUGGAAAGAUAGCGAUCUUCCAAUAUCUUAAAUCCGACGUCUAUGAAGCAGUCAACGUAAAUUGUCCACACCAUUACCUUUCACCAGAGUCAUUGGAGAGUUUCGACGAUGAAGUAAGAGCAAAGAAACCAAUCAUAGCAUCGAUUAUCGAAGUAACAAAAGUAGAUUCACUGCCAAACAAUAGAUAUGGUUUACCCAAUGGUUAUGUAUAUUAUGAAGUUCUUGCUGGUAGAGUAGAUUCCUAA